AGACGCAAAACUAUUGGGACUACAUUGUCACACUCCUGCAGUCGUCCAUCGUACCAGCACCACGCCUGCUCUCGUACUAGGGAGUGGGGACGAGGAUGAUGGAUAUUAUAUACCACGAGGUUGCAGCACUCAUCGCCCCUAAGAAGGCAAAGUGGAAGGACACCGGCUGCACCUUGAUGACUGGCGGUGCCACUGACCAGCGCAACAAGCCGAUAAUGAACUUCAUCGCAGCAGGGCAAUCAGGGUUAAUCCUUAUCCGCAUCAUCGACAUGUCGGCACGAGAUAAGACAAGCGUGAGUUUGGCAGAGAUAUGGGAGGGGGUGAUACGAGAUGACAUAUGGGUGGAGAAUGUGAACGCCAUCUGCACAGACAACGCCGAGGUUAUGAAGGUUGCAGCGAGUAUUCUACAUGACCACCCGGACCCUGCCAUCUUACGUGUCCCUUGGAUCCCUUGCACGAUGCAUUGCUUGAGCUUGCUGCUUAGAGACAUUGCGGAACAUCCAUGGGCCGCUGAAGUGAUGAAGAGCGCGCAUAAGAUCAUCAAGUUCAUGCAGAACAAGCAAAAGGCGCUCCAUAUUCAUCGAUCCGCGAAAGGCGCCUUGGACCUGACACGCCCGGCUGACACACAGUUCGGGACUGCAUAUGUGAUGUUGGAGAAGCUAUAUGAGCAGAGGAAGGUGCUUGAUGGGGUCGUGUCCUCUGAUCAUUGGAGAGAUGCUCGAUGGGCAGGAGACGCACGUGUGGACGAACCGGAGCUUCUCAACGCUAGCAGGAGGCCUGAGAGUCGCUACAUCGAUGUGUGGGCCGACAUGGUUGAGGAUCCCCCCGAGGAGGUGGACGAUGGAGAUGUCUUGCCAGUCGAUGCAGAUGAGGAGGAGUGGGAGGCGGCCGCUCAAGCGAACAGUCAUAAGGAUGGUCGUGAUCGCAUCACAUCCGCAUCUCGCCAUACGGGCGGUCAUUAUGAGCCUGACCCUCGGGUGGAUGCCGUGUGGAUGCAUCGUGAGAUGGCGGAGCACAUGCAGCAAGAGAGGCACAAAGGGAAGACCGUUGUCGAGGACCAGCACGAUGACAGGGAUCGCUCCUAUGACGACGUUCAUGGAUUGACUCUGCGGCAAGAGGCGAGGGCGACAGGGUCCACACAAGGUUCCGCUUCUCGAACCCAUGAUCGUGCCGAUUCAUCUCAUCAAGGGGCCAGGUUGAUCGGCAACACCACAAUCGUAGAGGCGCAUGCCUGUGCAGGGAUGGAGUAUGGCAGUGCCACUGACCAUGUGUGUCGAAGUGAGGGAUCUCGAAGUGCAGGUGCUCAGCAACGGGUCGGCGUAGAGGGCGGAGCAGAGGACGGAGCAAAGGGCAAAGGUCGUGCACAGCGUGAGCAGUCAUGGGCGCUGAGUGCAUUGGCAGAUAUGGAUAUUGAGACUCCCAAUGUUUCUGAGCGGUUGCCUGUUGGACGUGGCGUUGUCAGCGGUGUGUACACAAGGUCUCGGGCAGGUGACGGAGAGAGACGAAAAGUCUCUUCUCGAGUGGUCGACGACGAUCCUGAUGACAAUGAUGAUGGCAACACCUCUGAUGAGAUGUCUGGUAGUGACUAUGCUGAGGAGGCUCGUCUUAGGGGUGAAGAUUUUGGUGGAGAUGGCGAUGGCUCUCACGACACUGAGGAUGACGAGGAGCGUCUUCAAACGUGGCGGCAGAGGUGCACGGAGGUGGGCGGCGGUGCACGUCGUUUUUUGUCUUCGAAGGACGUGAUGGACGGCCGCGAUGGCGAUGGACCUGCUGUGCUGUCGACGACGGAGAAGACAGUUGUCGCGGCGGCUGCAGUUGCCAUUGUCCGUCGUUUCCAAAUCGAGAGUGCGGCCGAGCGCAUGAAGGCAGCGCUUUCGAGGCGGCUGCAGAGGCUACUGCUGCAAAGGGUGUUGGACGCCCCGGACUGCAUCACCACAUCCCAAGCCGUGGUUCAACUGUGUGCUGCAAUCGGGUGCGGUUUGCUUCCUCGGGUGACGCCACGUUGGUGGAUGCGGCGGAGAGCUGGUGGGACUUGGGAGGAUUUACGGGUGUGCGAUGACGCGACAGACGACUACUUCCGAGAAAAGCUCCGCAUGUCCAGGAGAGUGUUCGUGGAGAUCAGCGAAGCAUGUGCGCCUCAUGUGCAGCGGCAGGUGACGUUUUACAGGGGGCCACUACAACCGGAGCAGAUCGUCGCGUACGCGCUGUAUAGGUGGGCCACAGGAGAGUCUUACGAUAACAUCACAUCAUCCUUCGGCAUGGGCAGGACUUCCGGAGUUCGAGUCGUGCGCGAUGUGACAGCCGCUAUUUUGAGGGUGUACGGGGAGAAGAUAUCGUGGCCGACGGGGGUGCGGAAACAAGUCGUGCUACGGGCAUUUCUGGACAAGGGCUUUCCAAACUGCCAUGGCGUAGUUGACUGCACACACAUCUACGUGGACAAACCGGCGAACGUGUCGAGCGAGAACUACUUCGACCGCAAGCACCGUUUUUUCAUCAUUGCGCAGGUUGUGGUGGACCUGGAUCUGCGCGUCCUUGAUGUGUUCAUGGGAUAUCUGGGUAGCUGCCACGACAUUAGGGUGAUCCAGCUGUCAAGUCUGUCGAGGCGCACGGAAGAGGGAUUGCUGUUUCGUGGGCCGCCUGUGACGCUGCCGGGAGGGGUGACGACGAACGGAUACAUCUUCGGCGACAACGGGUAUCCUCCUUCUGAGUGGGUGGUGGUGCCGUACAGAGGAAUCAAUCAGCACCCGGACGAGGAAAGGUUCGACACGAAGCAGAAGGUCGCAAGAGGGGCCGUGGAGAGGGCGUUCAGGAGGUUGAAAGGGAUGUGGAGGCUCUUCCUGCGGACGCACAAGACGAACCUCGACAGUCUGCCGCAGCAGUUCAUGGCGGUAUGCAUUCUCCACAACAUCCUGCUCGAUGCAGGAAUCGAGUUCGAUGAGAAUUUGUUGUGGGAGGUCGACGCGAACGGGGUGAGGCGGCGAGUGGACUUGGGGAUUCAUCGCCUCCCGCAGUCAGUGUCCAUGUUGACUUCGACGCGCGAGGCUCAUGCGCCCCGCAAUGCACUGGCGCAGCGGAUGAAACACGUUUGAUCCAGCCAGCCGCCUACCUGUUCG